CAGCAGAGUACUUAUCCAUCAUCAAUACUAAUUUUCACAUCAACCGCAACAAUGCUCAGAGUACUCCACAACCAACUCUUCGUCACUCCCUCCCUCCCCUCCACCCCGACCCCUUUCAACCAUCGCACCGUCAUCAUCACCGGCGCCAACACCGGGCUGGGUCUCGCGGCAGCCCAUCAUAUCGCGGCAGGACCGGUCGGCAAACUCAUUCUCGCAGUCCGUAAUACUGAGGCCGGAGAAACCGCCCGCGACUCCCUCCUCUCUGCCCAUGCCAGCCUGGACCCCCAAACCAUCGAGGUGUGGCCCCUAGACCUCGCGUCCUACGACUCGGUCCGUGCCUUUGCCGCCCGCGCCAUCUCCACCCUGGACCGUCUGGAUGUGCUGCUCAGCAAUGCGGGUCUUGCCACAUUCCAGUAUUCCAAGGCAGAGGGCCAUGAGCGCACCAUCACCGUCAAUGUCAUUUCCACUUUCCUGCUGGCGGUGUUGUUGUUGCCCAAGCUGCGGGCGACGGGGGAGUUGUCGAGAAACCAGCCAGAACCACAACCGCUGCCCGUUCUGUCAAUUGUCGCCAGUGAGGUCCAUGCCUUUGCCAAGUUUCCGGAGCGUCAAGCGCCCGAGGAAAAAGGGGUGGGCAUCUUUGAGGCGCUGGAUGACCCGGAUCAAUACUACGACACGAUGGGGGAGCGGUAUCGCACGUCGAAAUUGUUGGAUAUCCUGUUGGCGCGGGAGCUGGCCGACCGGGUAUCCGGGGACCAGGUGGUGGUCAAUUGUUUGAAUCCGGGCCUGUGUCGGUCGCAGUUGUCGCGCGAGAUGGACACGGCGGCCGUCCGCAUCAUCUUGCGCCUGUUGGGCCGGACUCUUGAGGUCGGAGGGAGAACGUUGGUGGCCGCGGCAGCAGCCGGGAAGGAGAGUCAUGGGCAGUACAUGUCGAAUGGGGAGCUGGCUCCCCAUGAGCUGUCCAGCUUUGUGACCAGCGACGAGGGGAAACGGACGCAGCAGAAGCUGUGGGAGGAAUUGACUCGGAUGUUGGACACGAUCCAGCCGGGCGUGAUGUAUAACGUGCAAUGAAUGAAUGUUUGUAUGAAUAGAUUAGAUGUAUAAUACCCAAUUCCUCCCAUGU